AUGGCCGCAAACGGGAAGCAGCCAUUCCGUGUUAUUAUUGUUGGUGGCUCGAUCGCCGGCUUGACACUGGCGCACUGCUUAAUCAGGAACAACAUUGAAUUCCUGGUUCUCGAGGCUCGCGAUGACAUCGCACCGCAGGAAGGCGCUUCCAUCGGUAUCCUGCCAAAUGGGUCUCGCAUCCUAGAUCAACUGGGCAUGUUGGACGACUGUAUAGCAUCGACUGCUCCUCUGAAGCGCUCUUUUAUCUGGUCCGAAAGCGGGGCGCCCAUUUUCGAGGAUGACUCUCUCGAAACAAUCGAAAAAAGACACGGCUAUCCUGUUGUCUUCUUGGAUCGACAGGUCUUACUUCAGACGCUAUACAAACACCUAGGACCUCAUCAGAGCCUUGUACAUCUCAACAAGAAAGCUGUCCGCGUCGAUCAUCACCCCACACAUGUCUCCGUCCAUUGUACAGACGGUUCAUUAUAUGAAGGAGAUGUUGUCGUUGGUGCUGAUGGGGUGCAUAGCAAGGUUCGACAAGAGUUAUGGCGCUACUUGGAAACUCUCUCGCUGCAGAACGAGGUUUCUCGGGAUCGAAGCACCAUGAUCAAGGAAUAUUCCUGUGUAUUUGGUAUCUCCACCACACCUCCCGGUAUCGAAGUUGGACAAGGCCAUCGAACCAUGGCUAAGGACUAUGCUUUCGUGAUCAUGUCUGGUAAAAAGGGUCGUCUGUAUUGGUUCCUAUUCGCCAAAAUGGACAAGCGGUAUUCAGGACCAGAGCGAGUUCAAUUCACCCCAGAAGACAUGGAGGCCCAUGCCGCUCGGUAUCUGGAUAAGCCUGCUGCAGGAAAGGUCCCAUUCUCUGCUAUAUACGAAAGAGCAGAACACAAGUCGUAUCUGCCAUUGGAGGAGGCUUGCUUCAAGCAUUGGUCAAAGGGCAGGUUUGUCUGCAUUGGAGACUCAGUUCAUAAAAUGACGCCGAACAUGGGCCAGGGCAGUAAUAGUGCCAUGGAAAGCGCCGCAUUUCUCGCAAACCAUCUGACGGAUUUGAUAAAGUCAUGCGAGGCACAUGUCUCCCUACAGCAGCUGGAGGAUUGUCUCCAAGAAUGGCAGGAUCUGCGGUGGCCUCGCGCGGCAGACAUGGUUGCAGCAUCAGCUCACCUGACAAGAAUCGAUGCUAUCAAAACAUGGAAGCACAGGCUUGCAGUAAUCUAUCUCCUGCCUAUAUUGAAAGACUUUACUGUGGAAAUGGCAACGAUGGCGCUCGUUGGAGCGGAGAAACUGGACUCGGUACCGGUUCGGCCACGCGGAGACGGAGGCGCCAUACCAUUCGUCCCUAACUUUGACCGUAUCAGGCUGGAACCAAUGUGGAAGUACAUUCUCCUGAGCAUCGGCCCUCUUGUUGGAUGCUAUAGUUUGAGCAGGCUUAAUAUUGACACGAUUGCCGAAGCUUUGCGUCCCAUGCUUCGCCAUAUCCUAGGACAAGGAACAUGGAUUACCGGUAACGGAGAAAUCGUUGACUUGAGAGCGCCUCUUUAUCAUAUCCCUUUCCUCGACAAGAUCGUCAACCCUUUGGUCACCUGUGUGUUGCCAGCUAUCAGCGGUAGUGAUCCCGUGUCCCACGCCCAAGCACUCGCUUUCCUCAUGGACAUGGGCUCAAUGUAUGGAAUCUGGCUGUUGGAGAGUAAUCGCCGCACGCAGUCGUAUAUUGACAUGACAAUCACUGCAGCCUUUGCCACAUCUUCCCAGUUAGAAGGCCUCGCCCGAAUCGCACCCUGGUAUUAUCUCUAUGCCUCAAUCCGGACACCACUCUCCCGCCUCUUAUUAGGAUCCAACCGCAGGAUAGACCCAUCCACAUCCCUCACCCUCCUCCCCGUCAUGAUGCUCGGCUACUACUUCCUAAUCAUCGCCAGUUUCUUCGCAUCCAGCAUAUCAUCCCGACGGUUUUACAACGCAAUAUGGCAACCUUUCCCCAUACUCAUCCCGCUACUCCACACCUUCUGCCGAUUCGUAACAAACCGGAAGCCCAUAUCUCGAACCUCCCCAUCCAGCUCUAGUCCAGACAAACCCACCCACCACCAUCCAAACUCAACAAAAACACCAACCCACCUCGCCUCCCUCCGCACCUGCUACAUAACCUUCGCCCUAAUCUCAACCCUGACAUCUGCCUACACUCGAAUGUCCCUCCACAGCGAAAUGCCCCUCAUACGUAUCCUCCCUAUAACCACACCCGCACCAUCCUUCUCAUCCAUCACGACACACUUCCUGCACUACAACCAUGUCGUCGGCCACGCAAGCGGUCUCAUCUGGCUGAUACUCCGAUUCCGCGAACUCAAAGUGCUCGGGGCCCCGGUAUGCUGGUGGAGAGUGAUCGGGGGGUUGGUGCUGAGUACAGUGGUCUUAGGUCCCGGGGCAGCGUUUGCAUUAGGAUGGGGAUGGAGGGAGGAGAUGGUGGAGAGGGUUGUGGGGGGUUGGUGAAGGAUAGUCUGGGGGGAAGGUGGGGAG